AUGCAUCAUUCUUCGUCACCCUCAAGCGGUAGUUCUGUUAGUAGUAUAUACAGAGCUUCCUCACCUAUAGAGACGUCUAAAAAUCGUCCUUCUCUAAGUUCAUAUAUCAAAGCCCAUAAAAACAUAUCUUUUUCUUUCUCUGAAAAUUCUACCUCUUUUCAACAUGGUCAUCUCGGCGAUAAUGACACUUUUCUCAUUGGAACUCUUCAUUUAAAUUAUCCAAAAGCUUGUUCCAUAAAAAGUGUAUUCCUAAAUUUUAAAGGAACUGAAAAAACUUCUUGGUUUAAAGCUCAAGCUAGAACAAAAGUUAUUUAUACCGGUGAAAAUACUUUCAUCGAACAAUCAAAUAAGAUAUGGGAAGCUUUUGAUGAAUUUGCUGAAAUUCAAUCUCUCGAUAUUCCUUUCAAGAUUCAACUUCCUUACAAUUUACCUGAAACCAUAAACACUGAUAUAGGUUCUGUUCGUCAUAUCCUUCGUGCUACUGUUAAUGUCAAAGGUUUGUUGGGUACUAACGUUACCCAUGUUGCAAAGAUACUUUGUCCUCUAAAGCGCAUUGUUACUUUGGAUCACUCUUCUUCCUCAUUUCCUUACAAAAUUUGUGGUGAAUCUCAAAGUGGUAUUGAAUAUACUUUCAUGUUACCUCCAGAUAAACAAUUAAAUAUUGGCAGUUUCGUUUCAAUUCCAAUGUUAUUACGUUUCAUACGUCCUAAUGUCAGUAUAGAAAGAAUUGAUGUGUCUUUAAAGACCUCUAUGGUCUUUCAAUGUUCUGAUCACAAUGAAAAACGUAAUUUAGAUAUUCAGAUUGCUAGUCUGGUCAUCACGCGUUCGGAUCUUCGCUAUCUGGAAUCUUCAAUGCCUCAUUAUGAUUAUGGUGAAUGCACUUACACUAUCAAUCUCUUUAUUCCUCCUUCCGCUCAACCAGCUUAUCAAGGAAGAUUCAUCAAUAUAUCUCAUAAAUUAUCUAUAAAUGUUUGUCUUUAUGGUUGUGCAUCUGGCUUUCUCGUUGAAGAACAAGUUAAGAUUGCUAAUGUCGUAGAAAAGAAUGCUUCUCCUAAAAAUAUUUAUUCAUCUUUCCCUAUUGAUAAUACACAAAAUCCUAAUAUGGCUUACGCUAAUGGUAUUCUGAAUAAUUUCUCUCAUUCAUCUGAAUCUUUCAAUAACUUUACUGGUCCUUUCAGUUAUCCUUCGUAUGACUUACAAUUGACGAAUCAACUUCGCCAGCAACGUAGUCUUCCUGAAUUACCGCAAGGCCUUCCUUUUGAUGAUGAUUCUUUUCAUACUACUUCUUUGGAUUAUCAGCGUUCUAUUCCUUUUGAUAUUAAUAAUUAUGACCGUAUACAUGAUCGUUACAAUACACGAUUUUCGUCAGAUAUAUCAAAUAACAUUUACCAAUUAUAUAGUCCUCAACAUUCUCGUUCUGAAACCCCUCAAACCCCUCCAAGUUCUUAUUCUACAACUACUUCGUCAACAAAUAUACGCUUGGGUGAAGUCGUUUCUGAUACUUCAAAUAUUUCUCAAUUGGAUUCAAUAUCAAGUACAGAUUUACCGAAUUCGUCAAAAACUAUCCUUCCAACUUCUCUUUCUUUACCUCCAUAUUAUCGUUAUCCUUCAGGACAUCAUCAAUCAUCAUCUCUUGGAAGUUCUAAUGAUUAUACAAUCUCGAGCUCUUCAAAAAGAUAA